UGGGACUGGGGAGUCCCAAACUGGGAAUUCCUCCCAGGGAUUCCCUCCCAAAACCACGUCAAAAAUGUGAAUUUUGGGAUUUUUUCCCCCCGUUUUUCCCCCAGAAUUCCCGGGGGAAAUGGGAAUUUGGGGGGAUUUUUCCCGGAAUUCCCAGCAAAAGGAGAAAUUUGGGAUUUCCCGGGGUUUUUCCCUGGAUUCAAGGGGGCAAAGGGCCCCGGGUCGGCCCCGGGUCUGGGGGUUUUUCCGGAACGUUCCGCGGGGUGACGCUGGCUCUCGUUGCAGUUGUCAUGGAUGAUGAAGACGGCCGGUGCCUGUUAGACGUCAUCUGCGAUCCGCAGGCCCUGAACGAUUUCCUCCAUGGAUCCGAGAAGAUCGACAGCGACGAUCUCCUGGACAACUCCGGCGACGCCGCCAGCGCCUUCUUCGAGGGGGCGGGGCUCCACGGCCAGGAGGCCUCGGGGAACCCUCUGAGCUCGGAGCCCAACCAACCCCCGGCCAGCGUGGACCUGGACUUCCUGGAGGAUGACAUCCUGGGCUCGCCGGGCGGCGCCGGCGCGGGCGCCGAGCAGCCGUGCGACAUCCUCCAGCAGAGCCUGCAGGAGGCCAACAUCACCGAGCAGACCCUGGAGGCCGAGGCCGAGCUGGACCUGGGCUCCUUCCAGCUGCCGGCGCUGCAGCCGGUGGUGCAGGCGGCCGACGGGACCCCGCAGAUCUUCUCGGGCGGCGCCGACCUGCUGGGGCUGCAACCUCCGGCCGUGCUGGCGCCGCAGGCCUUGGUGCAACCGCCCGACGUGGUCAACAAAGCCAUCAGCGUCCAACCCUUCCUGCAGCAGGUGGGGCUGGGCAACGUCACCAUCCAGCCCCUGCCCAACCUGCCCGGCUUGCCCAACGGCAGCCCCGGCGGCGCCCUGGGGCUGGGCCCCAUCCAGGUGGUUGGCCAGCAGGUGAUGGCCAUCAACCAACCGGCGGCGCCGCAGCUCUUGGCCAAACCGGCGCCGGUGGCGGCCGUGGGCGGUUACAUCGCCCAACCCGAGGCGGCGGCGGCGGCGGCGCAAGGAGCGGGUUUGGUGAUCCAGAAGAGCCUCCCGGCCGUGGCCACCACCACGCUCAACGGCAGCUCGGUGUUCGGCGGCGUCUCGGCGGCCUCGGCGCAGCCGCUCACCGUCACCUCGGGCUUGGGCGGUUCCUUGGUGCCGGCGCCCAACGUCAUCAUCCACCGCACGCCCACGCCCAUCCAGCCCAAACCCGCCGGCGUGCUGCAGCAGAAGCUCUACCAGAUCACGCCCAAACCCUUCGCCGCCGGCGGCGCCCUGGCGCUGCCCGCCGAGGCGCCGGCCAAGGCUCAGCAGAACCUCACCUUCAUGGCCGGCAAAGCCGCGCCCAACGUGGUGCUCCAGGGCUUCCCCCCCAACGUCUUCAAGCCGCCGCCGCCGCAGCCGCCGGCGUUGGGCAAGUCCAUGAGCGUGCACGUGCUCAACCAGGGCGGCUCCAUCGUCAUCCCGGCGCAGCCCUUCCAAGGGCAGAACCAGUUCCUGCUGCCCGGCCAGCUGGCCGGCGCCUCGGCCGUGCCGCUGCCGCAGCCGCUCUCGGCGCUGCCGGCCAACGUUGGCGGCCAACUCCUGCCGGGAGCCGGCCAAGCUCACAUCAUCGCCGGCCAGGGCGCCGGCGCGCAGCUCCUGGCCAACCCCGCCUUGCCGGCGCAGCUCCUCAACCAAAACCUGGCCGGGCAGCUCAACCUGGGCCCGGUGUUGGCGUCGCCGGGCGCGGCGGGCACGGCGCACAUCCUGUCGGCCGCGCCCAUCCAGCUGCAGCCGGGCCAGGUGGCGCCGGCGCCGGCGCUCUUCCAGAUGCCGGUGUCGUUGGCCGGGACCUUGCCCAGCCCCGGCUCGGCGGCGGCGCCGGCGGCGCCCACGGUGAUCCAAGGGGUGACCUUGGCCAGCCCGGUGGCCAUGCUCAACGCCGGCGAGGCUUUGGGCGCCGCCGUCAACAUCCAGGCGGCCGCCGGCAGCCCCGGCGCCGAGUCGGCCUCGGGCGGUGCCGCUUCCGGCGGUGCCGGUACCGGGCAGCCCCCGGCGACGCCGGCGUCGGUGCCGGCCCAGCCCAGCCCCGGUUUGGCGGCGAGCCCCGAGAAAAUCCUGCUGGGAGCGGCGGCGGCGGCGGCGGCGCCUGUGCUGGGCCAGGAGGGCGUGCCCAUGUUCCUGCAGCAGCCGAAGCUGCCGGGAGCGUCCCCGGGGGAUCCGCCGGCCGCGCUCCCCCCGCAGCUGCCCCAAAUCCCCCCGAUCUCCACCCAAAUCCCCCCGAUCUCCACCCAAAUCCCCUCGAUCUCCACCCAAAUCCCCCCGAUUUCCACCCAAAUCCCCCCGAUUUCCACCCAAAUCCCCUCCCGCCCCCCCUCGCAGCCGCAGCCGCUCUCCCGCCCCCCGUCCCAGCCCCGGCCGCCCUCGGAGCCGCCGCCGCCCCCGGGGCUCUUCCCGGUGCCUUUCCCGGAGCCCCCCGAGCUCCCCCAGCAUUCCCAACAUUCCCAACAUUCCCAGCACUCCCAGUCCGCCCAGUCCGGCCCCUUCCCGCUGGCCCUGGGGGGGCUGAAGGGCGCGACCCCCGCGCUGCUGCCCCCGGAGCACCCGCGGAGCUUCGCGCUCGGCCCGGGGCCCUUCCCGGCCACGCCCAAGGGCGGCGCCGAGAGAUUCCAGCAG